AUCAUUUGUGAACCUCCACCCAUGUCAUUGAAGCCUAUCUUAUUGAAUUCUAAUCAAAGAGCAACCCGAAGUAUUGUUUGCAAAGUAAAAAAGUGGAGAACCCAACAUGUUCGUUUUUGUUCCGAAACCAAUAUAUGUCAUAUCACUCCACGUUCUGAAAAGAUUCCAGGAGUUGUGAAAAUGCCAAACUCACCUCCGAUUACUACAAAAGAUGCAGCUAAUAAAUUCGCUGGUGACUGUAUAGCGCUCGAUGAACCUGAAAUUAUAUUGAAUCAAACAGUUAGUAUGUCUGAGGAAGAAUCAAUUAUGAUCUCUCCAUGUGAGGGAGUCAGAUUUUUACCAGUUGAGACUGAGGUUUUCGAAUGUAGGAGUAACGAAGAAGUGAGUCCUGAAGAUAUAAUAAUUGGAGAUGAUCAAAACGAAGGUCGAGUACCUGAUGAAACCGUCAUGAGUAUUAAUAUAUUGGCACCCAGUGAUGCUGAAAAUAUGAAUAUUGAGACAAAGAUCGCAGUCCAUGCUGAAAAACCUAGUUUAACAAAAAUAGCAGGGAGGCCGAAAAGGACGAAACAGCGUGAUCCAAUUGUAGUAUGGGUACGUGGAGGUCGGUUGCGAAAUCGGAGCGAAUUCGUGGAAAACAAGGAAGAAGAAAACAAAGAGAAUUUGAGCACAUGUGCGUCAAACGAAAGUGGUGAUGUUAAAGAUGAACCGUAUAUUAGUUCGAUUUCGCUUAUAAAAAGCCGUGUUCCCCUCGCUCCUUGCGCUGGACCAUUGUCAAAAGUUAAGCAAUGGCUUAACAGUAUACCCGACCAAAAAAACAACAUUAUGCAUGGCACAGACAUGCUUGAAAUACAUCAACAGCAAGUUGUAAAUGAAAGCGAGGUGAAAGUGGGAGCUUUUGAUGCAUUGGACGAGAAACAGUUGUCUUGCGAAUCAGGAAAGAUCAGUAAUUCUCAGUCACCUUGCUGUCAGAGAAAGCUUGUCAAAUCAUCAUCACUUCCAGUACAUGUACAAGUGAUUACUGAAAGAACAACAGAGCAGUGUCAGGAUGAGGAAGUUUGCCCUACAAAUAUUACAAGUACUCAUAAGAGACAGAAGCAUUCAUCAUUACUUUGUAAGCCAACUGCUGAUCACAUAGAUGUUGGUGUUGUAUGUUGCGAUAGUCAGUUUCCUUCAAACGAUGAACGGACCAAGUUGCGGGAAAAAAUUGGAACAGAAAAUCUCAGACAGACAUCCGAAGCACUUAUCGAGAACUAUCAUAGACAGAAAACAAGUAAUAGACCUGAGAUUCACACCUCUAGUCAUAAAUUUAAAGCAGCUUUUGCUAGUGAAAUGGAUUUUACGCCUUUCCCUGAUAUAUCACAUGUUGGAUAUACAAAUAUUGCUCCAGUCAAAUACGACUUUCCUUAUAAAUUUCGAGAAGCAUCGUUGUCACUUGUUUCAUCUACUGAUUAUAUAGAGCCAUUGAAGUUGCUCAAAAAAUUCAUGAACAAUGGUGAAAAUAUGAUGAAAAAUAAUAUCACAUUUGAUCCAUGUGAGCCGCCGAAAUUUAAAAAUCGAAAAAAAAGACGAUUUAUGCACUUAAAGAGGCGAUCAUCAACUCAGGAAUUCCAACAUAAUAUAUGGAGUGAAGGUUUAAGACCCAUAAAUGUAGAUGAAUUUAUUACCGAUGAUAACAAAAAAAGAGAUCGCGGCAAAAGGCUUUAUUCAAGUUCUCGUGAUCAUUUUGAUUUGGACGAAGAAGAGCAGCUAUGCAAUACAGCUAUUGUAUGCGGUCAGUAUGGGACAGGCAAAACAUCGCUGGUAUAUGCUGUUGCAAGAAGUUGUGGGAUGCAGGUUUUAGAACUUGCUUCAAAUGAAAAAAGAAGUGGUUUUCAGAUCAAGUCAAAGUUACUAGGAGCUACACAUUCCUAUAAAUUUUCAGUGGCUGCAACCUCCUCAAUGUUUUCUGAGAUAAAAGAAGAAACUAAUGCUAUCAGAGACUCGAUUAUCUUGAUUGACGACUGUGACGUUUUCUAUGAAAAAUAUGACGAUGGAUUUUGGCCUGCACUUAGAACUUUGUGCAAAGAAGCACGAACUCCAGUUAUUGUCAUCUGUGAAGACAUUCGUCUUAUUCGUCAAGAAUUAACUUCCGCAAUGUCUGUUCCAAUUUUUACUUUAUCAAGGCUGAGUGUGCAAACAGCUACUGAAUACCUGAUGGAACUGUGUACGUUUUUACACGUAACAAAGCCUUCUGAUGCAUGUUUUGCUUUAGUUAAGCAAUACAACAGUGAUUUGCGGGCAUGCAUCAAUCAUCUUCAGUUUUAUAUGGGAAACGAUGAAAAUAAUCUAUCAACUGUAUGUUAA